UCUUACACACGCCAUCGCGUACAGCAGAGAAAGAGAAGUGUGUGUGUGUGUGUGUGUGAGAGAGGGGGGAGUUCUGGUCUUCCCUGCUUCCACAUCCAUCAAGUCUCAACCACUGAAGUCAGAGGGGAGUAGAUCACUAGAGGCCGUGCGCGCGUUGCUACUCCUCGGUCUUCGCGUGGUUUUGCGGGGAUUUGACCGUGUGCCGUACGCGAUCACGGGCAGACGGAUGUGCCGACAAAAGCCCCUGCCCUGAAGUUGGAUACCGAAAACGAAAGGUUUACUCUUACCUAGCACCUGAAAGAGAAGCGGGGUGACGAGAGCCCCGUGUUUUGCCGUGUUCGGAGCACCAUGAAGCGCCCGUGCUGGAUGGCGCUCGCGCUGCUGCUGCUGGCGCAAACCGCACUGGCCCAGCGUGGCACAUCUCGACUGAGCGACGAGGAGACUUCUGGAGAUGGAGAUGAGUUAUAUGAUGAUGAAGACUUCUCCUCUGGAUCCGGCUCUGGCUUUCCAGAUAUAGAUGUUCGUCCGAGUGAAGCAAGUGUGGCUUUCACUACAAAGGAGCCCCUCCCACUUUCCACCACACAGGCCACAGGCCCCGCCCCCUCGGCUCCCCCGGCCGCCGAGCCCAGUGGCUCACCUGCACCUGAGCUGGAGCGAGAGAGCGGCCUGGGACAAGAUGUAGACACAGACAGCAAACCGGAGAUAGAAAACGAGAAAAAGUGGGAGAUUGAGGAGGAGGAUAGAGAUCAGGAAUCCGUGACAGAAAUAAGGUUGGACCAAGAGAGGCCGAAGGCAACGGUUGCACCGCGGUUGACUGAUGUUCCUGAAGUGUUCGUGGACUCAUCCAUCACUCUGGGUGAGACUACAGUGGCCCCUAGUGACCUGGAGGAAGAGGACGAUCUGUACAUUACUACAGAAACUAUGAUGUUUGAGACAUCCAGCACACCAGAGACCACCACUGAUGACAUCACAACCACUGAGGUCAUGCCCACCACCGUUUCGUCCACCACUGCUAAACCGACCAGAGCCCGACCUGCCCCGACCACACCAAGCUCCGCCCCCGUACGACCCCGGCAACCACAGACCACGCCAAGUCCUGCCCCCGUACGACCCCGGCAACCACAGACCACCCCGAGUAGAGCCGCCCCGACUGAGAGCAGUACUCGCUCGCUCAUGAGCUCCAGCACACAGACACAAACAACAGAUGAAACUGUAAAUAAUGAAGUUGCAGGACAAGGUCCAAGUGGUGACUUUGAGAUCCGCGAGACUGAAGUUAGGCAAGGCAACGAGCUCGGUCAAGGAAGAGGAGCAGGAGAACCGGAUCUGACCGGGAACACAGUAGACGCUGCCGGAAGCUCGGCUGCUCAACUUCCACAGAAGAACAUCCUCGAGAGGAAGGAGGUCUUGAUAGCGGUGAUCGUCGGAGGUGUAGUCGGAGCUCUCUUCGCUGCGUUCCUCGUAAUGUUACUCGUCUACCGGAUGAAAAAGAAAGAUGAAGGCAGCUACACAUUGGAGGAGCCUAAACAAGCCACCGUCACCUACCAGAAACCGGACAAGCAGGAAGAAUUCUACGCCUAACAUUCAUACGUUCACCUUCCUCCAUUUCUCCAACCUCGUCCCGUUUCUACCUGCCCUCCCCCCUUCUUUUCAUCUCGCCCCUUUUCCUUUGAUCCCUUUCUUCCCUAUUUUCCCAAUGAGAGUGCCUCUCAUUCCACGGACUCUGAACUUUCUUUUCCAAAAAAAAAAAAAAAACUGAAAAAGAUCAAAGUAGAAAAAAAUGGAAUUGUUUGUGGGAGGGGCUUGUGCUAGGGGUGGGGUCAGAGAGGGCGGGGCUUGAGCCUACACACACACACACACAGAGAAGAAAAAAACUUUUUUAAGAACAUGUUAUUAUUGAUAUGUUUAGGAUUGUUGUUCUAUGGAAUUAUGACCAGAUUCUUUUUUUUUUUUUUUUUUUUUAAAGACACUCCGUUUCAGACAUGUUUCCUGCACAAUAUUACUCUCAGACUGAAAACAUGGGAGCAAAAAAAAAUAAAAUAAAAAGCAUGAACAAAAUGAGGGAGAGGACAAGAACACAGUUGGGGGUCAUGGGGGGUUUGUGCAAGUCAGGCGAGAGGGAGAAAAAGGACCAGAAAUAAGAGUUGCAUGGCAGAAGUAGAGUCUGUACUCGAAAUGCUCUUCUGUCACCAAGGUCAGUGAUCUAGCGUUGUGUGGUGCCUUCCAUUUCCCUGGUGCUAGAAGCAGAGCUCGAGCAGAGUGAGUGUGUGUGUGUGUGUGUGCUUGCGCAUAUGUGUGUGAUUGUAUGUCUAAGGUGCCCUUGUGACCCCUGCCUAGACACGCGGGGACACACACACACACUCCGACUCCCUCUGCUGGCGAGAGCAUGUGUUGGCACGACGGUACCCUCCGUUUGGAGCAGGGAGCCCGAAACACCAACACAUUAAAAACACUGAAGGUUUGCUGUGAGGGAGCGCAUGCAUAGAAUCAGAGGACUAGCCUCUCCUCUGCUCUGUAUAAAAACUUUAGUAAUCAUUAGUAAUAAUCAAUAAUAUAUCAGCAGCUCUGAAUGGAAGGAAAUUGGUGAUCAUAAUAUUCGUAGUGAAGGAUAUUAUCUAUUUAGCUGUGCAGUAAGGUUUUAUCGGUGUAAAUAUCAACUUGACUUUUUUUUUUUGGUUUGUAAUGCUUUUAACCAUGUUAUUGUAGUAAAAAAAAAUAAACACACACACACAUGCUAUGGAUAUCUACCUGGACAUCAUUUGAAAAAAGAUGUUAAUCAGUUAAACCUGCAGAAAUGCUGAAUGCUCAGCGUUUAGUGCUUCGCUGAUCAUAAGUCAAUGCCUGUUUUUUGUUUUGAAAGGUCGGUCUUGUCCACUGUCAAAUGGAGACAUUUCCACUCGCACUAACCAGCCUGAUGGACCGUCCUGCUCAAGACGGAUGUUGAUAAGGAACUUGUGCGAAAAGGGGAUUGGGAUAUUAAUAUUAUCGCUGUGGGUAACAGAUGCAACAUAAACUUAACGGUUCGGGAGAAUAAACGCGUGUCUAACAAAGAUAUCCAAGCUGAAAGCCUUUAAAUAGUAUAGUACGAUCUCAGAAUUACGAUCACUUUUUUUCCUGGGUUAUUUUGUUUUGUUUUAAUGUGUUAUGUUAGAAUACAUUUCAUUCAUAAAAGCAAAAUGACUAGAAAUGCAUGAAUUAGCAAUAACAAGCUAUCAACAACAAACUCUGUGGUUGACAUGCUCAGAAUGUAUGUGACAUGUCAUGUGGUGUGAUGUCAGUGUUACUCGCAGAUGUAGCACAAGAUGUUAGCAAAAUGCUGAAAUGACAUUACUUGUCUUAACACAUAUCAUUUUAAAUAUCUGAACGUGCAAAUGUACUAUAGCGAGUCUGGGACGGCUUGUGCGCAGUAUCGGCACACAGUCCCCGAAAUUUCCUUUUUUAUAUCCACAGUAACGGAGGAUUAUACCCAACCCCAUUUAUAAACAUAUCGCUGAGGGUAAAGCUGCCAUAACACUGAAACGUGACAUCAAAUCAAAUAACGCUUCCUAUCACAAAUCAUGCGUUUAGAAUGCAUGGUGAUGGUUUUUUUUUUAUGUGAGAAAUCUACACUCAAGCAUAUUCUACUGAGUGUGUGUACAAAAGCACAUUCAAGAAGCCUGUGGGAUAUUUUGGGGAGGUGGGGGAAAUCUUGAGACCCAUACAGGGUGGUUGUACUUCAGUCUAAGAUUGUAAUGUCACACCUGUGCAACAGUACCUGUAGCUUGAAUAUUGUACUCUGUAUGAACAGUGUGUGAGUGUGUAUAUUGGCUUGUUUUCAUGCAUUUGCAAGUGUGUUUCACUCCCUGAUGGUUCUUCCUUUGUGGGGAUAGUCUCUUCUCCCUGCACUUAAAUUGCUAUACGACACUGACAAUUGCACAAACACACAAAACCUGUUACUCAUAGCAUCACAGCCUCGGCCUUAUUAUUAUUAUUAUUAUAUAGGACCUAGAAGAAUUUAUGACACAUCACAGCACACCUUUGAUCAAAUUAUUACAGUAAGGCCCAGUCUCUUGGACACUGAGUAAAUGUUAGAGACCGGUAAUCGGUUUGGAUCGAGACUAUAAUCCGUUUAGAUCGAGAUUAUGAUCGGUUUGGAUUGGGACAGAUAAUCGGUUUGGAUCGAGACUAUAAUCCAUUUAGAUCGAGAUUAUGAUCGGUUUGGAUUGGGACAGAUAAUCGGUUUGGAUUGAGACCGAUAAUCAGUUUGGGUCGAGACUAUGAUCGGUUUGGAUUGAGGCCGAUAAUCGGUUUGGAUCGAGACUAUGAUCGGUUUGGAUUGGGACAGAUAAUCGGUUUGGAUCGGGACCGAUAAUCGGUUUGGAUCGUGACUAUAAUCGGUUUUGGGUCGAAACUAUAAUCGGUUCGGAUCGAGACUAUGAUCAGUUUGGAUUGGGACAGAUAAUCGGUUUGGAUCGAGACUAUAAUCGGUUUGGAUCGAGACUAUAAUCUGUUUGGAUCGAGACUAUAAUCGGUUUGGAUCGAGAUUAUGAUCGGUUUGGAUUGGGAAAGAUAAACGGUUUGGUUCAAGACCGAUAAUCGGUUUGGAUUGAGACUAUAAUCGGUUUGGAUCGAGACUAUAAUCGGUUUGAGGACUGAUAUUUUUACCGAUAUUCACAUUUACUACUUGAACCAUUUAGUAGAGGUCUAAAGAAUAGCAACAAUGCCAUUGCACAUCUGUAUGUUGACUUAAAUAAAAUGAAAUUAAAUAAAAAAAUAAAAUCUCAAAACUAAAAACGAAACAAACAACUAAUUAGAGUGCAACAAAAAUGCAAUUGUUAAAAUUUAUAAUUAUAUCGAAACAAAUUAUAAUGGAUAUAUUUUAUUUAAUUGGUCAAAAAAGCAGAAAUAAAUGGUAAUUAAAUUGGUCAUGUUUUCAUUUGUGUCCAAGAGACCGGCUCUAACACGUCACGACAAAUAUUCACAAAACCUCAGCAAUCAUUAGUGUCUAAUUGGAAUAUGAACUGGAAUAACGUUAAUCAAACAGUUACAUGCUAAACAGAUAGUUGUAAGCCUACAAUUAGUAUGUGAAAUUCAGGUAUUAAGACAUGAUGAUUGUUUAAAAAGUCAUUUUUGUACAAAAAAAAAAAUGCUGUUGGUGCUGGAGGUUUAAUAUUUCGAUCAAAAUAAUGUUCACAGCUUUCACCCCACCACAAUCUAAUCGUGUGAGAAACACAUUCACAUGUCCUCGUGAAUCCCACACCUCCCCACCACAAACACCCACCUGUCCGUUCCAGAACGCCUGGAGCUCGCUGUGUGUUCAUGUUGUGGAUGUCAGUUGAACUUUGAGUUUGCAUUGCUGUCUUUUCUACUCAUUUCUACCGGUAACUCUUUCUAUUCAUAGCCAAAUAUGAGGCGGGCCUUCCUGUGUCUGUGUGCCAAUCACAGACCAGCAUGGUCCUGGUCUGAUGGUCGCCCAGCGUGGUUUUAUACAUGCACAUUUUUUUAAAAAGAACUUUUGUUUUUGUUUUCUUUGUUUUUAAUUUUUUUCCUCAUUGGUUGAUUUGUGUAUAAAGAGGCAAAGUUCUGUCACUAAUAUGCCACUCUAUUCAAAAUAAAACCUGAUUGGUUAUC